AUGGGUCUUCGUCCCUUGAUCAAAAGGGGCCGAGCGGUCAUGCGCCGCUUGGGCGCCGACAAUACUGAUACUGCGCCUAGCUCUUCGGUCGAAACUACCGAGGGGGCUACCUUCGAGGAAGCCAAGAGAGAGCCUACUGUUGAGGCUACGGCUCAAGAGCCGGAGCAGCCUGCCGCUGGCCUUCAGCAUGGUGUCCGCAAUGUCGAGGCCAUUACCAUGACCUGGUCUAAGACCACCCUGAUUUGUGUCUUUAUCAAUAUCUGGUUCCUCUACUUUGUCAAUGCCUUCCAGUCCACAGUGUUCUACAGCUUGAGCCCGUACAUUUCCAGCUCUUUCCAGGCUCACUCCUUGUCUGGUGUGCCCAUGGCUCUAGCUGAUGCUUUCACUGCGGCUUGUUACCUGCCUGUCGGAAAGCUCAUGGAUACCUGGGGUCGUGCCCAGGGUUUCCUUCUGAUGACCGUCUGCGCUACUCUUGGCUUGAUCCUGUUCGCCUCGUGUAACAGCUUUGCCAUCUACUGUGUUGGAUAUAUCUUCUAUCAGCUUGGUUUCAGUGGAAUGGAGUAUUCCAUCGAUGUCAUUACGGCCGAUUCCUCUACCUUGAAGAACCGAGGUCUGGCAUUCGCUUUCACCUCGUCGCCCUAUAUUAUCACUGCCUUUGCUGGGCCCAAGGUUGCCGACGAGUUCCUCUACCAAGUUAGCUGGCGUUGGGGCAUUGGCUGCUGGGCCAUUGUUUUCCCUAUCGUUGCGGCGCCAUUGUACUACAUGCUCCAGAGCAACUUGAACAAAGCUGUCGAGCAGGGUCAUGUUCUUAGACAGCCCAGCGGCCGCACCUUCUUGCAGAAUAUCUGGUACUGGACGAUGCAGUUCGAUCUGCCUGGUGUUGCCAUGUUCACCAUCGGUCUCGUUCUGUUCGAGGUUCCCUUCGAUAUUGCCAGUGAGGCUCCUAACGGCUGGGCCUCCGGCUACAUCAUUGCUAUGCUUGUUGUCGGAUUCUGCAUGCUCUUCAUCUUUGGCUGUUACGAAUGGAAAGUGGCUCCCGUGCCGCUGCUCCCUAUGGAGUUCUUGCUCGACCGGACGGUCCUCGGCGCCUGUCUCUUGGAUGCAACUUACCAGAUCUCUUACUACUGCUGGUACAACUAUUUCACUUCUUUCUUGCAGGUCGUCAACAACGUGACUGUUGCCCAGGCUGGCUACAUCAGUAACACCUUCGAUGUUGUCUCCGGAGUACUCCUCCUCAUUGUCGGUUUCAUCAUCCGCAAGACUGGCCGCUUCAAGUGGCUGCUCUACAUUUCCGUUCCUCUGUACCUUUUGUCGCAGGGGUUGAUGAUCUACUUCCGCAAGCCUAACAUGUCGGUCGGGUAUCAGGUUAUGUGUCAGAUCUUCAUCUCUAUUGGUGGUUCAAUUUUCAUUAUCGUUGAGCAGCUCGCUAUUCUGGCCGCCGUGGAUCACCAACACGUCGCCGCAGCUCUGGCCUUGCUCAAUGUCGUUGGCACGAUUGGUGACUCCGCCGGUUACACUAUCUGCACGGCUAUCUGGACCAACACCUUCGAGAAAGCGCUCAUCCGCUACCUUCCUGAAUCAGCUCUGUCCAACUUGGAUAUGAUCUACGAGGACCUCAACACGCAGAUCGGCUAUCCAGUUGGAAGCGCGACAAGAACAGCUAUUCAGAACGCGUACGCAUACACUGAGGUGCGGUUGCUUGCCACUGGCCUGGGUAUCAUGGCUCUGGCCAUUGCUUGGACUAUUAUGAUAAGAGACAUUGAUCUCAAAAAGAAGCCCCAAGUCAAGGGUGUCGUCUUCUAA